CCACCAUGGCACGCACAACGAGCGUAUGUUCCUCCCCUUCACUCUCUGCUCGCCCCUCGCCCUUCGCCCACACCUCUCGUCAUGUCACUAACACGUCCUUCUCCCUUUCGCAGCAAGCGUAUAGGCACUUUCGCACCGCCCUUGCCCUGUGGCCCAAGGACAACCUCCGCCCUGAGACCCAGUUCAAAGAGAUCAUCCAGAGAGGCGUCGAGAGGAGGUACACAGCGCCCAACGUCGACGAGGCAAACGAGCUCAAGCAGGCGAAUGCGCUAUUCGCCCUGGCUAAUGACCGCUUCAAGAAGAGGGUAAGCGACAAACGCCUCGCUCUACUCGUACCCCCCAAUCCAUCUGACCAAUCUCAGUUCCCCCUCAAUGGCCAACUUCUCAAGCCCGCGAGCCAGCCGACCUACUUCCAAGACCUAUUAAGAGAGCUCGAGGAGGCCCCUACCAGAGGAUGGUUGAAGAACAUGUCCAAGAAAUUGUCGGGCAUGUUCCGGUUCGAAUAACCGAUCAGGGGCACGAAACACACACACACACACACACACACACACA